AAGGUCAUGACUCUCUGGCCCAGGCAGGACUCCUAGGGGGAGGGAAAGGCCUGUUUCUCCUGGCCUUACCCUGGAAGUCCAAACCCUAUGAGGACGGAAGGAGGUAGAAGCGUCAGAGACUACACAACUGUCCAAGGUCCCCAACUGGGCAAGCAGAGAUUUCCCCAUGGCCGAGCUCUUGCCCUUGCUGCCUGGGGCACCCCUGCUGACCCAGGGUGGUGCCCAGGACUCACCUGUCCCCCCAGCCGACUGGCAGAGCCAGCAGCUACAGGAUAGCAGAGCUGAGGGCCUGGCCUCCGAGCCCUGGAAGCUCCUGGAGAUGCCCUCCAUUCAGAUAAUGCCAUCCAGUGAUGGGGAGUCACCCCACUGCAUCCCAACACCCCAGUGCCUGCAGCUGCUGAGGACCCCAGACCUGGAGAGUCUGACCCAGGACAGUACCACCCCCCACUCUGGGCGGAGCACGCCAAGCAGCUCCCCAUCUCUCCGUAAGCGGCUGCAGCUCUUGCCCCCAAGCCGACCACCGCCUGAGCCAGAACCGAGCACCAUGGUGGAGAAGGGGUCAGAUAGCUCCUCAGAGAAGGGUGGGGUGUCUGGAACACCCAGUACCCAGAGCCUGGGCAGCCGGAACUUCAUCCGCAACAGCAAGAAGAUGCAGAGCUGGUACAGUAUGCUGAGCCCCACAUACAAACAGCGGAACGAGGACUUCCGGAAACUGUUUAGCAAACUCCCUGAAGCCGAACGCCUCAUUGUGGAUUACUCCUGUGCCUUGCAGCGUGAGAUCCUCCUCCAGGGCCGUCUCUAUCUCUCCGAGAACUGGAUCUGCUUUUACAGCAACAUCUUCCGUUGGGAGACAACAAUUUCCAUCCAGUUGAAAGAAGUGACGUGCCUGAAGAAGGAAAAGACGGCUAAGCUCAUCCCCAAUGCCAUCCAGAUCUGCACGGAGAGCGAGAAGCAUUUCUUCACCUCCUUUGGGGCCCGGGACCGCUGCUUCCUUCUCAUCUUUCGCCUUUGGCAGAAUGCGCUGCUUGAAAAGACGCUGAGUCCCCGUGAGCUCUGGCACCUGGUACAUCAGUGCUACGGCUCAGAGCUGGGCCUUACCAGUGAGGACGAGGACUAUGUCUGCCCCUUGCAGCUGAACGGUCUGGGGAGCCCCAAGGACGUGGGAGAUGUGAUUGCCCUGAGUGACAUCACCCCCUCGGGGGCAGCUGACCGCAGCCAGGAGCCCAGCCCAGUGGGUUCACGCCGUGGCCACAUCACCCCCAACCUUUCCCGGGCCAGCAGCGAUGCAGACCACGGGGCAGAGGAGGAGAAGGAGGAGCAGACAGACAACCAGCUGGAUGCCUCCUCCAGCCAGGCGGUGACUGCGGUGGCUGAACCUCUGAGUACAGAGCCCACGCCAUCUGAUGGGCCCACUUCCCUGGGCCCCUUGGACUUGCUGCCCAGUGAGGAGCUAUUGACGGACACAAGUAACUCUUCCUCAUCCACGGGGGAGGAAGCGGACCUGGCCGCACUGCUUCCCGACCUCUCCGGCCGUCUCCUCAUCAACUCCGUCUUCCACGUGGGUGCCGAGCGACUCCAACAAAUGCUCUUUUCAGACUCGCCGUUCCUGCAGGGCUUCCUGGAGCAGUGCAAGUUCACAGAUGUGUCCUUGAGCCCCUGGAGUGGGGACAGCAAGUGCCAUCAGCGCCGAGUGCUGACCUACACCAUUCCCAUCAGCAAUCCGCUGGGCCCCAAGAGCGCCUCCGUGGUAGAGACGCAGACACUGUUCCGGCGCAGCCCCCAGGCAGGCGGGUGUGUCGUGGACUCGGAAGUCCUGACACAGGGCAUCCCUUACCAGGACUACUUCUACACCGCCCACCGCUACUGCAUCCUGGGCCUUGCCCGGAACAAGGCCCGUCUCCGAGUGUCCUCUGAGAUCCGCUACCGGAAGCAGCCCUGGAGCCUCGUGAAGUCUCUCAUUGAGAAGAACUCGUGGAGUGGCAUUGAAGAUUACUUCCACCACCUGGAGCGAGAGCUCGCCAAGGCCGAGAAGCUGUCCCUGGAGGAAGGCGGGAAGGAUGCCCGGGGACUGCUGUCAGGCCUUCGGAGGCGGAAGCGGCCCCUGAGCUGGAGGGGUCACGGUGACGGGCCCCAGCACCCAGACCCUGACCCCUGUGUCCGGGCUGGCAUGCAUACGUCGGGCUCCCUCAGCUCCCACUUCUCAGAACCGGCCGUGGACCAGGGCCCCGGGGCAGGCAUCCCCAGCGCUCUGGUGCUCAUCAGCAUUGUGAUCUGUGUGAGCCUCAUCAUCCUUAUCGCCCUCAACGUCCUCCUCUUUUACCGCCUCUGGUCCCUGGAGCGGACGGCCCACACGUUCGAGUCCUGGCACAGUCUGGCCCUGACCAAGGGCAAGUUCCCCCAGACGGCCGCCGAGUGGGCCGAGAUCCUGGCCCUGCAGAAGCAGUUCCACAGCGUCGAGGUGCACAAGUGGAGACAGAUCCUGCGGGCGUCUGUGGAGCUCCUGGACGAGAUGAAGUUCUCGCUGGAGAAGCUGCAUCAAGGUAUCGCUGUCUCAGACCCUCCCUCCGACUCCCGGCCACGGCCCGAUGACAGCUUUUCCUGAGGACGCCAGGCCACAUAGCCGACCCCCCAAAUGGACAGACGGACACAGAGCCUCGGUCGCCACUGCUGGCACGGUGUGAGCGCCGGGAGCUUCCUGCCCACCCCUCCCAGUGGCCCAGCCAGGGGCCACGCAGACAUGGGGACCACAGAACCGAGAUGCACUUUAGACCAGCGUGUGCGAGUCCAGCUGCCAUUGCCUGCCCAGCCAGGGAGCUGGCCUGGCCUUCAGCAGGCCUCCUGCUAACUUAUUUUGCCGGGCUGGGGUUGUGGGGGGCGCCUCCCGGGGUGCACGAUUUCCUCAGCUCUGGGUUUAAUGUAUUAUAUUUAUUUGGGGCUGACAGAGCCCCAAUAAAGGGUUGGAAAUGGCUGUGGCUGUGCCUCUGGGGCCCUGAGAGCAGAUGGCCCCCUGUUGGCACCCAGAUCCCACUGCAGGGGAUGCGGGGGGUCUGUCCGUUUUCUGGGGCCAUAGUCACUGAUGUCACGUGAAAUUCCCCAGCAUCUUGCACAAGCUUUGCAUCAUCAGGGUCCAGUGCAGGGGCUCCUAGGAUACACACUAGUGCCCUGUGGCCUGCGUUUACGUCCUUCCUCUGAUACUUAGCAGGCAUAUAAUCUGGGGCUGUCAUUUUCUCCCAGCUUCAGUUUCCUCUUCUGUUCAGCGAGCAUAAGAAUAGCACCAGUAUCCCAGGGUUGUUAGAAGUGAGUCGUUCUCAAACUUUAGCUGCAUCAGAAUCUACCAAAGGUUUGUUAAAAGGCAGACCGCCAGAUCUACCUGUAGAGUUUCUGACUCAGCAGGUCUGGGAUGGGCUGACAGCCUGCAUUUCUCACAAGUUCUUAGGUGGUGCUGACGAUACUUGUCCAGACCCCACUUUGAGAACCUCUUUGUGAGGAUGCAAGGAGUAUAACAGAG